GUUUAGGGAUUUGAAUCUUUUGAUUGAUGCCCCUAGACUCAAGUAUUUGAAUCUCGAAGUUUUUCUAUCUAAGUGUAGAACCAUGAGCAAUUGGGAUUCCUUAACCGAGGGGGCCCUUUUUCUUUGGAGGAUAGUGAUGAUGAAGUCCGUAAUUUUUUUACCAGUAUCUCGGGAGUUAGGGAUAUGCAGAUCUCUUACGUGGCUUACGAGUUCAUGGAGCCAUUUUCACCUCAAUUUAGCAACCUGUCCUGUUUGAAAGCAGAGAUUUAUACAUUAGAACUGGAAACGCUGCCAAUGUAUCUUGCAAGCUGUCCGAAUCUAAGAUCCCUAAUCUUGGAAGUAUUAUAUCUCUCUGGGUUUGAGCAAACAAGAUUCUCGUUCGUGCCUCAGUGUUUGCUCUCAUCGCUUGAGUUUGUAGAGAUAAAAAGCAGACUCGACAAACACCCUAUCGUAACGAAACUAGUAAGUUAUUUUGUAGAAAACUCAGUAGUCCUCAAGAAACUCGUUCUGGAUCUAGCCGAAGAUUCUGUCGUCGUAAGGGACCUCCUUGCAUUGCCGAGGCGAUCUAGCGAGUGUCAAAUCGUAGUAUGUUGACCGGUAAAAU